CGCACUUGAACACCCAUCAUCAUCAUUGAUUUCGUUUCGCUCAUAACCUCGAAAGUGAAUCUUCGUUGCGAGCGUGAUUUUGACACUCUGACGAUGUCCAAAAGCAUCAAGCGGCUAAAAGCCGUGAAAAAAGUCGCCGAGAAGGUGAUGCAUACAACUCCCUUAAAACUUCACGUACGGGCAGGCAUGGCAAUGCCCGGUCCUCCACUGGGACCCCAGUUAGGUCAGCGCGGUAUCAACAUCGCCCACUUUUGCAAGGACUUCAAUGAAAGGACAAAGGACAUCAAGGAAGGCAUUCCGAUCCCUUGCAAGAUCUCAAUCAACCCUGACCGUAGUUACGUGCUGGACAUGCUCAAUCCUCCGAUCCCUUAUUACGUUAUGCAAGCGGCCGGCAUAACUCGUGGAGCGACACACCAUAACCAAGAGACAGCGGGAAUGAUUUCUGUUAAACAUCUUUACGAGAUAGCGAAAAUAAAAAGUCAGGAUUCCAUUUACGAUUGCGUGCCGAUACAAGACAUCUGCAAAAUAGUCAUGAAGUACGCCAAUUUGUGCGGCAUCAAGGUAGUGAAGCAUUUGAAUGCCGAAGAGUACAGCAAAUUCCGGGAAGAGAGACAACUUGUGGUCGAACAACAGUUGGCGCAACUGGAGGAGAAACGGCAGGCGAAGUUACUGCGGACAGUUGCGUAAUGAACUACUGUCGAUGUUGAGCAAUUGAGUGUAUAGUUAAAAAUAAAUACAUUUUCACACCCUGCA